GUUCCAGCAGCGGAGUGUGUACGGGACCGCGCCGUGCGGGGACAACUGCCGAACGCCGCUCAUCACCACCAUUGCUGGUGACCCACCAACGCAGCAGCCAUCAUCAUCGCCAUUCUCAACAACCGCUGGCUCGACAGCAAUGAUGACGACAGGUGGUGUGACCAAUGCAACAACGGCAGCAAACAUGACAUCAACCACCACAACAACAUCAACCUCGUCUACAACGUCGUCGUCGUCGCUACCACCACCGCCACCGGCCUCGUUUGUGAUUGAGACCAUCACGCCCGCUGCCGACGGCGACUUCCAGCGUGUGCACAUGUCCGUGUCCGCCCCUGGUUACAUCACCGCAUAUCCCGUGCUCUACAUCGCAGCAGACCCGUGGCUCAACUGGGCGCUCAGACACUGCUCUGUGAGCGGUGAUGUCGUCAAUUGCAACGAAACACACGCGCACGACAUCAACGCCGGCAUCUACAACGGAACGACGAAACAAUUUAUGAAUUUGAUGCGCGAUUAUUACGGCACCAUGCUCGCAUCCGUCGACAUUGUCCUCUGCAAGCAGGGCUACAUCGACUGCCCAUAUGCGCCCGUUCGCCCUCGGCGCGCGCGUGUGUGUUCACACGUCUGGCGCGGACAGUGCCCUGCAGGCACGACGUAUUCCGGCGCGCUGGAGGGGCCGACUGUGGCCGACGCGAACCCAGACAACUGCGCGCACACCACAACCACCACAACAGCGACGACGACAACAACAACCACCAGCACCACGGCAACCAACACCACGACUGUGUCCGCCGGCAGCUCUGCGUCGUCUGUUGACGAGAACACGCUUGUGCUGGGCGUGUCGAUUGCAUUUAUCUUCCUGGUCAUCGCUGCGUUUCUGUUCCUUGCCGCCGCCAAUCACCGCGUUGCCAUUGUCGCGCAGCACAACCAGCGCCAGCACGCCAUCCGCUACCAGGCCAGGAAACGUCGCAAGAGCAUGAAGGCGAAACCGUUUGCGCGCUCGCUCACGACGCGCACAAAUCGCAGCAGGAUGGCCGACACGGAACGCCUCCUCGCUUCAGAGGGCCUGGUGACGGAGACACCGCUGCCUGGCAGCGUGCACCGUCCGCCUGAGGCAUCAACAGACAACUCGCUGCAGCUCCCACUCCCGUCCAUCGUCCCCAUUGGCGGACACACACGCAGCGCAUCGCACGCCAGCAGCACCAUGAUGGCAUACACAACAGCUAAUGGCAGCAGCAUUGCAAGUGGCGGUGGGAGCUCACGUGGUGGUGUUGGUGUUGGUGGUGAUGUUGAUGUUGAUGGUGUUGGUGGUGAUGGUGACGAAGGCCCACCACCGCCACCACCGCCGCGACCAAACUACACGUUCAAGUCUGGUCUGUUCCAGAGCAGAUGGAUGGACGCGGCGACCAUUCACGCAUACGCGCAGGACGACACACAGAUGAAUGCAGACUACAACAGCGUGCCGACCAAUUCCAUCCCGCCAACACAGGGUGUCAAGAUGUGCGACGACAAGAACAGAUACCUCGACAUCCUUCCAAAUCAUCAUUCGCGCGUGUUGUUGUCCAAGAUUGGGGACCAAGAAACAUCAACAUACAUCAACGCCAACUGGAUGCCCGGCAUGAACGACGACCGCGAAUACAUCGUCACCCAGGGCCCAAUUCCACAAACCGUGUCUGACUUUUGGCGCAUGGUGUGGGAGUGCGAUGUGCGUGUCAUUGUCAUGAUCACGCGUCUCGCUGAGAACGGCACUCCAAAGUGUGAAAAGUACUGGCCCGGCCCCGGUCAACGCGCGCGUGCCGGCGAUCUCAUCAUCUCCCACACAUCCGCACAGGCGGGCGACUUCACCACCACAACACUCGCCGUCCUCAACACAAAGGUUGGGCGGGUGCAACCCAUGGUUGUGCACUGCUCUGCGGGCAUUGGUCGUUCGGGUGUCUUCAUCGGCCUGGACAUAAUGAUGCAGCAGGCACGGGCGUCGCAUCAGGUUGACCCGAUGGGUGUGCUGUGCCACAUGCGGCGAGCGCGGGGCGGGUGUGUACAGAAGCCAUCACAAUGGCGCUGGCUCGUGACAGCUGCACGCGACUAUCUCUCUGCGACGCUUGCCCUUGGCCGCAACGGUGGUGGUGAUGUCGAUGACGAUGAUGGUGAAGAAGCAUAGCAAGAACAAGCUGCACGUGCACAUGCGUGUGUGUGUGUGUGUGUGUGUGU